AUGCUUCGCGGGCGCAAUCUCUAUCUCGCGCAGAUUGUCCUUGUCGUUUUCCCGUCUUUCUUCCUCUUCGGCUAUAACCAGGUUGUCGUUGGAGGCCUGCUAUCAUUCGAGAGCUGGACAGAUACGUUUCCACAAAUCGAUACGAAACAUGCCACCGGUGCUUUGAAAUCAUACCGCUCGGUGAUUCAGGGAGUCUAUGUCUCGUCAUUCACCCUCGGAGCAUUGGUGGGCUCUUUGUCCUGCUCUGCUAUGGGAGAUGUGCUUGGCAGGCGAAAGACGAUUUGCCUUGGAGCUAUCCUCACCUUCAUUGGAGAAGCUAUCUCAUGCACCUCAUUCAAGCUUCCACAGUUAUUUGUGGGCCGAAUUAUAACGGGCAUGGGCAUUGGAAUCUUCAGCACUAUGGUGCCAGUGUGGCAGUCCGAAUCUUCCCAAGCAACAAAUCGAGGAAGACACGUUGUUGUGGAUGGAAUUUUCAUCACGAGCGGUUAUGCAUCGAGCUAUUGGAUCAACUUUGGCUUUUCGCACAUCCAUCAACAUUCCGUGGCGUGGCGGGUACCACUUGCGCUGCCAUCCAUCCUUUCUGUCGUGCUAGCCAUGUCUAUCUUUUUCUUCCCCGAGUCUCCUCGAUGGCUCCUUCGUGUCGGUCAGUCGGAUAGGGCGAGGUCGGAACUUGCCAGAAUAAGAGAUAUUGACAGAGACCAUGACGAUAUCGUACGGGAGAUUGCAGCUAUUGAGUUCUCCCUGGAAGAAACAGCUCGAAAUGCUGGUUCGAUCAGGGACAUCUUCAGAAUGAAAGACGGCAAGCUAUUUUACCGCUUCAUGCUUUGCAUUGGCCUGCAGUUCUGGAUUCAGAUGACUGGUGCACAAGUCAUCAGCACCUACUCGACAACAAUCUUUCAGAGUAAUUUGAAUCUCUCAGACGGGAUUACUCGGAUUCUGGCCGCAAGCGCUCUCACGUGGAAAUGUCUAGCUUCUUUCAUUACAUUUUUGACCAUCGAUCGCUUCGGUCGCCGAAAGCUGUUUUUGUUUUGCGGAGUCGGUAUCACACUCUGUAUGAUGUCGAUGGCAAUCACAUCCAGCUUCUCUAGCACCAACAAGAGUGCGGCAAUUGCCAGCACCUUCUUCGUGUUCCUAUUCAACUUCUUCUUCCCCAUCGGCUUCCUUGGACCGAGCUUCCUAUACUGUACCGAGGUCGCUCCGAUUAGACUUCGGGUCGCCAUGACAUCUAUCUCGACCGCAAAUCACUGGUUAUGGUAUGAUAAUCAUCUUGCCAACAUUUUGGGCUAUGCUAAAAGCUUUUACAGGAACUUUGUCGUUCAAAUGGUCACACCCGUUGCUUUGGCCAAUAUCAAAUACAAAUACUACCUCGUCUAUACUGCGAUCGGCCUUACCUAUAUCGGGUCCGUCUAUUUCUUCUACCCAGAAACGAUGGGCCAGAGCCUGGAGAAACUGGAAGAUUUGUUUCAGCAAGAUCUAUCGAUUUUCGAGACUGUGCGAGUCGCAGGCAAAUUGUCUGCUCUGAAUGAAGGCGAGGACGGACAGCGGGAGGAGCUCAAGGCUCAGGUAGAGCUGAUCGAGAAUUCUGAGCGUGGCUCUGUGUAG